AUGAACAUUCACGGCGUAGUUGCAAGCAUUGAGUCGGAGAAUGCUUUAAAAUCAAACAAAAUUUUCCAAAACAUAUUAGCAGUGUUCGAAGGUCAGAUCGAGAAAGACCAGAAUGAAGGGCUUUUCUUCAAGAACCUGAGGCUGAGGAUACCUGCAGAAAAAGCGAAAGCCAAGGAGGAAACGGAGAAGAAAAAAGAGCUUACUAAAGAGAAUGAUGGAUGAAUAAUGAGGAACAUUUACCUUGCAUUAAUAGGCCUUAUAAUCAUUGCUGCUUCUUUCCCAUCUUCUUCAUCUGAAUGGUAAAAGGUUGCAGCUCUUGGAGCAAUUUAAGUGGCUUUGCUUUCGCAAUUCAUCUGUGAGCAGUGGAUGUCAUAA